UCAAACAUGGCCGACGAGACAGGGGAGGUAAACACAGCUGUUGAGGAUAGCGAAGCAAAACAGCAACUAGAUGAGCCCCAAGUUUCCGAGGCUGCGCCCGGCGGCGAGUCCAGCGACAGCGACGGGCAGGGCCGCACCGAGAAGCCGGCUCCGGCUCCGGCAGAGAGCAGUUGGUCGGCUCCGAUCCUGUCUCUGGCUCGGAAGGCCACGGAAACGAUUAGCAGCGGGGUGAGCUACGCUGCCGCCCAGAGAAAUCCCUCCCAGGGAUCCGCCGCGAGCGCUCCGACGGAGUCCAAUAAUGAUCUCAACAACACUUCAAAAACACUUCCAGUUCUGCCCCCCAAAGAUCCCAUGGCAAUAGAAAGAUCCAACCUCCUCAGCAUGAUGAAGCUGAGCAUCAAAGUAUUAAUUCAGUCCUCCCUGAGUCUGGGCAGGACGCUGGACUCGGAGUACCCUCCUCUGCAGCAGUUCUUCAUCGUCCUGGAGCACUGCCUCAAACAUGGGCUGAAAGCUAAGAAAUCCUUCAUUGGUCAGAACAAGUCCAUCUGGGGACCUCUGGAGCUGGUUGAGAAGGUGUGUCCGGAGUCUGUCAACAUUGCCACAAGUGCCAGAGACCUGCCCGGCAUUAAGACCGGCUUGGGCAGAGGAAGGGCGUGGCUGCAUUUAGCGCUCAUGCAGAAGACAGUAGCGGACUAUAUGAAAGCUCUGCUGGACCGCAAAGAUCUCCUGAGUGAGUUUUAUGACUCUGGAGCGUUGAUGGUGGAGGACGAGGGAGCGGUGAUUGGGGGGCUCCUGGUGGGACUUAACGUAAUUGACGCUAACCUGUGUAUAAAAGGGGAGGAUCUGGAUUCUCAGGUGGGAGUCAUUGACUUCUCCCUGUAUCUGAAAGACACUGCCCACAGCGAGACACCAAAAGAUGAUGCCAAGAUGACAGCCAUAUUAGAUCAGAAGCACUACAUUGAGGAGUUAAAUCGUCACCUGAGUGGCACCGUCACUGACCUUCAGGCCAAGAUGGACUCUAUAGAGAAGACCAACAGCAAACUUGUAGAGGAGCUGACAGCAGCGACGGACAGAAUCAACUCUCUGCGGGAAGAACAGGAACAGCUCAGAAAGGAGAAUGAGACGAUCUUGCAGUCCAGCCAGAAAAAGGAAGAGUCAGCCCAUCAGGACAGCCAGGUGGAGCUGGAGACGUACAAACAGACUCGACAGGGCCUGGAUGAGAUGUACAACGUGGUUUGGAAGCAGUAUAAGGAGGAAAAGCGCAUUCGCCAGGAGCUGGAGCGUGAGUUGGAGCUCCAGGUGGGCCUGAAGCAGGAGAUGGAGGUGGCCAUGAGGCUGCUGGAGAAGGACACGCAUGAGAAACAGGACACGCUGGCAGCCCUGCGGCUCCAGCUCGACCAAGUCAAGACCCUUAACCUGCAAAUGUUCCACAAAGCUCAGGAUUCGCAACGAGUGGCAGAAAAAAAGCAGACGGAGGCGGUGCAGCUGGAGCAGAAGAUGGAUGAAAUGGAGAGAGCCAUGGUGGAAAUGGAGCAGAGACUACAGAACUCUGAGCAAGAGCGCAAACAAAGUGACCAGUCGGACAAAGACAUGAGGGUGGAGCUGGAAGGAAAAGUGGACGCUUUGCAGAGACAACUGACUGACCUGGACACACACAGGCUGGGUUUGGAGAAUGAGCUGCGCACUGAGAGGGAACAGAGACAAAGCCUGCAGAAAGCUCUCCAGCAGGAGCAGGACAACAGCACCGAGCUCCGCACACAGCUGCAACAGCUCCAGGGCCUUCACGCGGAGCUGCAGGAUUUGAAGCACGAGAAGCGGCAGCUGCAGCAGACAUGUGGGCAGCAGGAGCAGGCUCUGCAGGAGAUGGGGCAGCACCUCAGCCAGUCUAAACUCACGAUGGAGGACUUCAAGGAGGUCAACAAAGCUCUGAAGGGCCACGCGUGGCUGAAGGACGAUGAGGCCACUCAAUGCAAGCACUGCGAGAAGGAGUUCUCCAUCGCACGCAGAAAGCACCACUGUAGAAACUGUGGAGACAUCUACUGCAACACCUGCUCCAGCAACGAGCUGGCCUUACCGUCCUACCCCCGGCCUGUGCGGGUGUGCGAUGUGUGCCACGCCCUCCUGCUGCAGAGAAGCUCCUCCAAAGCUUCCUGACAGAACAUCCACGAGCUGUGAUGUCCCUCUACAAGAGCGUUCUAACACUGCACAUACUCACCCACUAUGGUUUUUAUUAAGUACUUGUGUCAGAAGAAUGUCAUCAAAUCUUAUGGAAAUGUGAUUUGGUGCAUUUACACCAUUGCCUGAAAUUCAGGAGCAUUAGUUCAACCGUAUUAAAUAAGGGGCGCCACCUUUUAACACUGAUGGGAUGAGCUAAUAGUUUAUGGAUACUAUGUGGAGGCGGCUUGAGUUCACUUAAAGGAUGAAAUUUAGGAUAUUUAUGUGAUUCAUGUUUCUUUGGGCUGGAAUAAUAAUUUGGUACUUGAUAAACUGACCCUUUAAAGUGUAGUUUUUCUAAUUCAAACCGUGAUUUUAGAUUAGGUCCCAGCAAAGACACUGGUUACUGAGGAUCAUUGUGAUCCUGUACUUCUUUAUUAUUCAUACUUAUCACGCAUCUACUCAAUUUUUACAGCUAUGGCCCCACUGCUGCAUUUAUGCAAAAUCAUUGUAUAAAUGACUGUAGAAUGUGAAAUCUAUUUUAGAAUGUAUUCUUACCACAGGGCUGUGUGUCGUGUCAACUGCUACAAAGCCUUUUUCUGAAUUAAUUUGGGGAUGGUGACCAAAAGUUUUGUAUCUAGGUAUUUGAUAAAUGAAUAAAGCCUCUUUUUUUUUUUGCAAUACUUGUUUCAAUUAGAUAUUCCAGACUAGUUUAUUCACUUUGUGCACAGGAAAUACAAAUAGCAUUUGAAGCAGUAGAAACCUUCACGUCAGCGGAUUUGAAAUUCAUUCGCCCUCGACAAACCUGAUUAACGUCUUAACACUCUGUAGAGGUGGAACAAGGUCUAAACAUCAGAAGAUACCAGACGCUCUGAUUUCUUGUUUUGUUCAUGCACUCAGACAUUGAAACUAGUGUUAACGCCACCAGCACAGGAUGAGUUAACCUCGGGGGACAGACAGCUUUAUGGAGAACAAUAACACACAAACAGCACACUUCCUUGUAAUGAACAUUUAAAUCUGUGAGCAAAGGGGAAGACAAACAGCGCUUCUGACACUUAGUGACACCGGAUGAUCUCACUUCUCUCUGAAGAUCAUCCACUUAAAAAAAAUACAAACCCUACCCCCUCAAUGUUUUCAUCACCUGACCCUACCCUAUGUUUACUAGGUGAGACUUGCAUUUCCAGUCCUUCCAGCAAAAUGCUGAGUUUAAAAAAAACAUCAAAUUAAGGAAAACAAUCUACAUUCCCCAUCCCCCGCUCAGUCCGUUCAUAGAGCCUCUGCUUCCUCCUCCGCCGCCAUAGUAACUGCUUCCCAUUCCGCCCUGGUUACCUAACAAGAGAGAGAAUACAAACGAUAGGACCGAGGAGUUCCUCAAGGAGUCGUACACAGAAACACGAUGCAUGAAUGUCAUUUCAUGCAAAAACAAAUCUACGGCCAACGUUUUGUUCUCAGGGUUCGCUGUGGUGCAUAGUAAUACUUGAGAGUGCAUUAAAUAAGUGGUAUUAGAGCAGAAAAGGUAGACCUUUGGUGUGGAUGUAGAAGAAACCUAUUAUAACACAGCUGACACUCACUGUAAUCACUGUAGCCGCCCAUAUUGCCCUGGCUGCUGUAUCCACCAGAGUACCCUGAGCUCAGCUGGCCACCGCUGUAAGACGACUGGUUCCCUGUAGAGAGGACGGACCACAUCCGGUUCAGGAGGACUUACAGAAUCCCAACUAUUACAUAGACGCUGUACUGUUUAGUGCAUGCAUUUCCCCCCUCAAACAAACUAA